UAUGGGUGAAAUCGUAGUUUCAAAUCAUUAUAUAAAUGUAAUUGCAAAAAAAAAUUUUUAUGUUUUGUUAAGACUUCAUAUUUCAUUACCAAACUAUAAAUUAUCUUUUCAUAAUUAUACGUUGUAAGUCUUUUAACAAAUAAAUGUCACUGCAUCAACACAAUGACAGUAUAAUUUGUUUUAAACAUUGUACUUCUGCUUCUAUAUUUUGUAAAAAAAUUCCACAAGAGUGUCCUAUAUGUAAGAAUAAUUUAUCAGCAUUACCACUAGACCCAGUCAUUAUUCCAUAUCCUUUAACAAAUGUCGUAGAUAAUCAAAGCUGUUGUUGCCUUGUUAUAAAACCAACAGAGGGAUGUUUUCUUUGCGAUUAUAGUAUAAAUGAUGAUUUGCAUAUUGGAGUUACAAAUUCUCGAAGUGAUGUUAUUGAAUAUGAUAAAAGUGGUCUAGUGAAGUGUGAUAAUCAUAUGUGGAAAAAUUGUGUUGCUAUCCAAUUGAUACCUAUUUCUUGGCAAAUAUUUUGGGAUGAAAUGUUAUCUAUUGUAUGCAAUGAUUCAAACUGGCAUACUGCUAAUUACAAUGAACUAAAGUAUAAUUGUUUUACUUUUGUUAUUUCAUUUCUGAAAAAUAUAAAUUACCCGAGUGCUAAAUUUACAAGCAAAGAAGACUUAUGUAAAAUAUUGAUUUUACCUAAAAUACAAAGUGUAUUGAAAUAUUCUACUGUAUACAGGCAUCUUGUAAGCAAAGACUUUUAUAUUCAAGAAUGA